AAAGACACCUUGCAUUGAAGGAUUUGUAGAUAUGAGUAAAAUGUUACACAAGUUUCGCGGAACACUUGUUGGUGCCUUGGUUGGUGACUGCCUUGGAUCAAACUAUGAAGGCGUCUCCAGCACUUUACCAUGGGGAGAAGUUACCGAUUACACUUUGGAAAGAAUCAAAGACGAGAAAGAACCGAUCCAUUACACGGAUGAUACAGCGAUGACUCGAGCGAUCUGCAAGUCGUUAACUGAGGAAAAGAAGUACGAUAACCGCAGCAUGGCAAAAGCGUUUGUUCAGGAAUUCUUCAAAGAGCCUGGUCGUGGCUAUGGUGCUGCUGUCGGGACAGUCUUUAAGCGUUUGCGGGAUACGAAUCCCGAAGAUGUUACACUUCCGGCUCGCUCUCAAUUUGAUGGACAAGGUUCCUAUGGAAACGGUGCAGCCAUGAGGAUCUCCCCUGUGGCUCUUUAUAGUCGAAGUUCAUCAGAAGUUCAAAAGAAUGCUCAAGAGAAUGCACUCAUCACACAUGCACACAUUAAUGGAGUCAAUGGAGCAGUCUUGCAAGCAGAGGCAGUGUUCAAAGCUCUUCCCCUUGAACCACCAAACUUAAACACAGACAAAUUUAUUGAUGACCUCCUUGAAGUGGCCAAAAAGCUUGAGGAAGAGUAUGAAGAAUCUAGUAAAGAAAAAGAAGAUGGUGGCCACAUUUCAACUUCUUCACCUCAAAAGAAACCUUUUUUGUAUUUCAAGAAAUUAAAAGAAAUGAAAGAACUGUUAAAUAAAGGUGAAACACUGGAACCUGAGACAGUGGUGGAAACAUUUGGAAAUGGGAUAAGAGCUGAGGAAGCAGUUCCCGCUGCAAUAUUUUCAUUUCUUCACAAGGGACGAGAGUCAUUUCAAGAAUCAGUUAACUAUGCUAUCUCUUUGGGAGGUGAUACAGACACAAUUGCUAGCAUGGCAGGAGCAAUCAGUGGAGCUUACUGGGGAGUAAAUGAGAUUCCUGAACUGUGGAAGAGCAAAUGUGAAGGUGUAGAGGAGGCCAUAGAAUUUGCAAACAAAAUAUUUGAACUAAAAGAAGAAAGAAAAGAUGAUGAGUGAUUGAAAAUGACUUUGGAGCAGUGUAUUACUGUUAAUUAUAAUGCCUCAAAAGCAAGUGAGGUCUCAUGUUCAGAAUAUAAAUGUCAUCAAAUAAUGGAUUUUCUUGAUGUAUUAUUAGACUAUAACUUUUGAAAGGAUUAUUUUCUUUCAUCUGAG